UUAUUUUUUUAUUUUAAUAAUUAUUUUUAAAUAUCAAUAUAUUUUCCUAAAUAUUUUUCUACACCUACUUUCUACCUUUCAAACAAUGGGUUAGGUUGAGUGCGAUGGGUUUGUCUGGGAGCAUGGGAGCUACGCUACAGGAAGCCUUUUCCUACACGCGUCUCGAAGUUUAAAAGGUGGUGGAAGACGGCAAGUAAUGAAAGGUAGCUUACAUGAAGAACGUGUCACUUGUUAAACACCCCACCACCUAUUGCCCAUUUGUCAGCCUCCCCGACUUGACCAACCCCAGAAAGAAAACAAACCUUCCUUCCUGUAUACCCUAAGGUCUAUUGGGUUUGGUCUUUAAAGUUAUUUAUACAACAAAUUUGAAGCCCAUCUCUGUGUCUCCCAAUAUUUUUUACUUGAACCUUAAAAUAGUGAGAGAGAGGCUAGAGGCCCCUCUACUUCAACGAAAGGUUACAGAAACAUAGAAUAUGGCUAUUGCUGCCAGUUGCUGCCUCAAUCUUCCCCCUCCAACUCCAACCUCUCGUCCUUCAAGCCUCCAGGCCUCUUCCAAUACAAAGAAUACUGAAGUUGCAUGGUUUAAGAACGAGAAAUGGAGAAGCCAAUGUGUACUGGGCAUGGCCUGCAUCAUAAUUGGGCUUGAAAUGGAUUUGGCGAGCCAAGGAAAUCUUGCCACGGCCCAAGAUUUGCGAUUGUCACUUGUAGAAUCAAAGCAGAUACCGAAGGGUCACAGAUGGAGCGACAGAAGAAUGUGCCCUCCCUGGCGUCUUAAUGCACUAGAGACCAUUGUGCCAGAGAACCUACCAAGGCCAUCGUCUCGGCGGAGAUGGGAGGAAAUUGGUUAUUCCAAGAAUGCUCCCACUCCGGCUCCGGCUCCGGCUCAGGCUGAGGCUCAGGCAAUUAAAGUGAUAGUUAGAAGCAGCAACAAUUGCUUUACCAUGUAAACUAAAACAUCGAGUUGCUGUUGCUUGCAAGUCAUGCAGACACAUAAUAUAAAAUUAUUAAGAUUAUUAAUGACAGAAAAAAAAAAUAAAAACAAAGAGUGACAAUGAUUAUUACCCA